UCCCCUCGUGCGGCCGCGUCGUCCUCCCCACUGGAGGCGAAGUCAAGGUGAAAACCCUCAAGGCGAAGCAAGACUCAGAUAGGGAUAGCGCGAGUUUGUUGUAGAGAGAGAAGUUUGAGCAAGAGGGUGGAGGAGAAGUCACGAUGAAGCUGUUCGUGAAGACCCUCAAGGGCACGAACUUCGAGAUCGAGGCUAGCCCCGAGGCGUCGGUGGCUGAGGUCAAGAGAAUCAUUGAAGGUGCUCAGGGGCAGAAUGUGUACCCUGCGGAUCAGCAGAUGCUCAUACAUCAAGGCAAAAUUCUCAAGGAUGAUACCACUUUGGAAGGCAACAACGUUGCUGAGAACAGCUUCCUUGUUAUAAUGCUGUCUAAGGCUAAGGCAUCACCGAGUGGUCCUUCUACUGCUUCAAAGGCCCCUACUAUCCAGGCUCAACCUGCUACUCCAGUGGCUGCUGCUACUCCGUCUGGCCCUGCUACCCCAGUUGCAAGAACACCACCUUCAACAGCACCUGUUUCUGCAUCUGAACUGGCCCCACCCAGUGCACAGCCUCCAGCUGGUUCUGAUAUUCCAGCUGCUGCAGUAACUGCAUCAGGUGACGCUGAUGUUUACAGUCAGGCUGCAUCAAACCUUGUCUCAGGCGGCAGCCUAGAACAGACAGUCCAACAUAUUCUUGACAUGGGUGGUGGCACCUGGGAACGUGAUAUGGUUGUCCGUGCUUUACGUGCUGCAUAUAACAACCCUGAGAGAGCUAUUGACUAUCUAUAUUCUGGAAUACCUGAGAAUGUAGAGGCUCCACCUGUGGCUCGAGCACCUGCUCCAGUUCAACAGGCAACAAACCCGCAAGCUCUCUCUCAGGCUGCACCCGUGCCACCAGUGCAGCCAUCGGGUGUCGCCUCCGCAGGGCCUAAUGCAAAUCCUCUUAACCUUUUCCCUCAGGGUGUUCCAACUGGUGGGUCCAAUCCUGGUGCUGGUGUGGGUGCGGGCGCCGGUGCCCUUGAUGCACUGCGAGCGCUUCCGCAGUUCCAGGCACUGCUUGCAUUGGUCCAGGCUAAUCCUCAAAUCUUACAGCCAAUGCUUCAAGAGCUAGGGAAACAAAAUCCGCAGAUCCUGCGGUUGAUUCAGGAAAAUCAGGCUGAGUUCCUCCGCUUGGUGAAUGAAACACCUGAGAGUGGUGCUGCCGGAAAUAUACUAGGCCAACUAGCAGCUGCAAUGCCACAGGCGGCUGUGACCGUUACCCCUGAAGAACGGGAGUCCAUCCAGCGGCUUGAGGCCAUGGGAUUCAACCGUGAGCUUGUGUUGGAGGUCUUCUUUGCUUGCAACAGGGAUGAAGAGCUGGCUGCCAACUACCUUUUGGAUCAUGGCCAUGAGUAUGAGGAUCAACAAUAGAUGUUAGAUUGGUGUUACCAAAGAAAAAGCGAGGCAGAGGCCGUGCAGUUCAUUGUCAAUCUUAUUUCUUCCUGCUCAGUAGUACCGCCGAUACUUGCCGUUUCUGCAAUGCUUCUGACUGUUUUAAUUUCUAAGUACAUAUUAAUAUUGUCAAAAGGGAAAUGUGCUCCAUCCGUUUUGUCAACUCUUAUCUCUUAAACUGGUAAUCUGUUGCGCAGGAAGAUAUUUCUCUCUUUCCUUGAACCUGUAGGCCUUUGAUAUGAUCAGAUGUGCCUAUAUUUCAAUUCAUGGUGACUCAUUGCUGAA